AUGCUUGCCACGGUCAGACGCAACCAGGGCUCACCAGCACCGCCCCCGACUGCGUCUGCGCGCAUACUCGCAACGGGUACGCCUAGGCUACCGGCUGCGUUCCCGUCGACUAUCGGAAGCCCCAGUAAGCGUAAGCCUCCCCCUCCAUCCGCUGGGAGACAGCGCGGAGCAAGGACACCUUCUCCAGAUCCGUUACAGUCGCGUCUCCCGCAUGUGCAGCUGCCAGAAUCACCGUCCCGUGCUACACUACGGGCUAUCCCUGCCUCACCGUCGAAGCGAAAAGGGAAGCAAGUGGAACGACCCGCCGACGAGUUGCCGCGGAUCCUCCCUGAUCACUUGCACCCCUUGCUUGAGCGCCAGAAGCGCGCUAUCCUCAAAUCGCUGCAACAUCCUCCAGAGAUCGACGAGAUUGAAGUCUAUGGCGAGGACUACCCGCCGACCAACAACGCCGCGUACGAGCAACUUAGCGAGCUGCUCACGGGCUCUGUCGUCCGCGGGGAGGGCAACAGUUGUAUGCUCAUUGGUCCUAGUGGAAGCGGCAAGACACAGAUCGUGGAGAAAGCGAUCGCCCAGUUGCCUUCGAAACCCAUCGUCGUCCGCCUAUCUGGCCACGCGCAACACAACGAUCGACUGGCGAUCCGUGAGAUCGCCUGGCAGCUUGCCCAACAGACGGGACAGUCUUUCCUCCCUAACGACCCGGAAGACGCGGAAGACGAGGAGCAAAGCGCACCUGCGCCCGCAGAGCAGCAAGCAGAAGGCGAUGCAAGCCUAGAUGCCGAUCUGGACGUGGACGCCGAUGGAGACGACGACGAGAACCCGUUCGUCGAACGCGCUCCUGCCCUACCCCCGGCCGAAAACGCACGGCUCGCCAUCACGCUCCCCCCGCCCGCGCACCUCCUUGCGCUCAUCUCGAUGAUCCCCACCCUUCCCCGGCCGACGAUCAUCGUCCUAGACGGCUUCGACCUCUUCGCGACGCACGCGCGCCAGGCGCUGCUCUAUUGCUUGCUCGACACCGCGCAGGCCUGUCGCACGGGGACGGGGAGCGGGAGCGGUAUGGCGGUCGUCGGGGUCACCGCGCGCGUCGACACGAUCAACCUGCUCGAGAAGCGCGUCAAGAGCCGAUUCUCAGGACGGAUGAUCCGGACGGCGUGUCCGGCGAAGAUGGAGCAUUGGGUGCAGCUCGCUCAGGCGGUCCUUGGCGCGUCCGUGGUGAGCGAAGGCGCUAAGGAGGGCGCGGACGAGAAGGAGUGGGGGCGCAUGUGGGCGAAGGCGGUGGAGGCGUUCGCGGGGAGCGAGGACGUUGUCGAGGCGUUGAAGGAGACGUAUGCUCUGACGAGGGACUUCCAGAUGUUCCGACGCAUCAUGACCCGCUUGGCUCUGGACCUCAGCCCCUCGUCCCCAUUUCCUACGAUCGAGAAGCUCGACUCGGCCACGAAGAGCCAGCGGUGCCCACCACGGCUGGCCCCCUUGGACACGCUGCCGUAUCCGGCAGUGUGCCUGCUCAUCGCGUCCGUGCACGCGUCCGCCUCGGGGCACGACACGUUCACGUUCGAGAUGCUACACGACGCGUUCAAGACGCAGGUGCGCACGUCCCAGUCCGCGCCCGUGCAAGUCGCGGGGGGCGGUGUCGGGAUGGCGUUCGAGCGGCUGGUGGAUCUCCGGGUGUUCGUGCCUGCGGCUGCGGCCGCGGGGAGCGUUGCGAAGGAGUUUGCGCUGCACCGGAGCGGGGUGGAUCGGUUCGAGGUGAAGAAGGCGGUUGAUGUGAUUGGGCAGUUGAGCCUGAAGAGGUGGUUCACGAAGGCUUGA